UUUAUAAUAAAAAAAAUAAUGCUAUUACUCGCAAAGACAUAUUUUCCUCCACGAAAAUGAAAUUGAAAACAUAAUUCAACCUUCCUAGCUUGGUAUCCUUCGAAGAAGAUAGCAAAAUUAAGGAACAAUGUUAGAUCUCAAUAAUUUAGCUCCCGUUUCUGAAACUCCCUCGAUAACCGUACAGCUGUCGCAGAAACGAAAGGGUACUCGAUGACAGGUAGUUAAGCGAUUACGAUUGAAUAAAAUAUGAGUCGAAAAGCACAAUGCUGCGACGAUCUGUUCGAACAUUUUGCAAGAAUGACGGCGUCGAAGAGCAAAGACUUUUCAUACGCGAUGACCCCGCUGAAGAUCCUGUCGUGGCCCGUGGGCACUUGGCCUCUUCAGGAUUACAACGCGUAUUCCUUCGCGCGUUUCAUCUUUACAAUCUUUCUUCUCCUCUUGAUGCUGAUCGUCGUGAGCUUCGAAAUCUAUUUGGACGGAAGCGACACCGAGAAGAACUUGGAUGCUCUUACCGUGACCACCUGUGGCAUCCUGGCGAUGUCAAAAGUGAUGUAUUUCCGCUUUCGGUCGGACGGUCUUGUUCUGAACUUCACUUCCGCCCUGAAGGAUUACGACGAGCUGAAUAAAGAAGAGAAUCGAAAGAUUGUGCGACGACACGCGUAUAUGGGAAGAGUAGCGUGUGCUAGCGUGAUAUUAUUUUCGUAUAUCAGUUCGUUACUUAUAAUCACGGUAUCCAUGUUGACCGACAACCAUGAAAACGUGGUUAACGUAACCCUAGAACAUACCUUGGAAUACCCUAUACCAUCGGAACGCGUUUUAACUUUCUUCCAAUUUCCAGAAUGCUUGACUUUACCGAUUUUUGUGACAGAAUUUCUCAUGUUGCUGAUCACCUGCACUGGAAACCUUGGUAGCGAUUCGUUGUUCUUCGCUAUUAGUUUUCAUCUGUGCGGUCAAGUGGAGAUACUAAAAAAAGAUUUUACUAGAAUGCCCAAUAAAAAUAAAAAUCCCAAGGAGAAUCUUUAUUUGUCAAUUAAGAGACACAGUUACCUGUUGGAAUUAGGAGAGAUGUUAAACGACACGAUCGGCUCGAUUUUGAUUGUACAAUUAUUCUCCAGUUCUGUGCUGAUUUGCAUAACCGGAUUUCAGUUUAUUCUUGCUCUGGAUGUUCAGAAUAUCGCGGUAGUAGUGAAAUCGUUUGCCAUACUGAGCACAUUUAUGGCACAAUUAUUUGCGUACAGUUACGUUGGUGAUUACUUAAAACGCCAAAUAGACAGCAUUGGAUAUUCUUUGUACAGCUGUAAUUGGUAUGAUUUUCCGAGAAAUCUAACGAAAGAUAUUAGUUUCGUCAUAAUGAAAGCUCAUCGUUCGUUUCAUCUAAUGGCUGGUAAAUUCUUCAUCGUCAAUAUGGAAACUUAUGCGAGUAUCUUAAAAACCUCCCUGUCCUAUCUGUCGGUGCUUCGCAUUAUGAUAAACGCCUAAUAUUUUCCGCGCGCAACCGAUAACCAAG